AAGCUGGAUCAGUGUGUAGGGAGGGCAGUCAUCACGCCAUCCUGAGCAGCAAGAGCUGACGUUGGACGAAGCUGCCAGGUAGCUGAAAAAAGGCACAGAAGGCAGCUGAUACCCACUUUUCAACGGUUUGUGUUUUUUUUAGUCUGUAUCUGGACUUCAAGCAACACAGCGCCUGAGACAGCUCAUCUGAACCACGCUGUAUUGCAAUACUCACUCUUCUCAAAGAAAAGGACUCCACUGAGCAGCAGAAUGCUGCCAGUGUCGCAGCCAGGUCUACAAUACAGAGCCUUUUUGUAACAUUGCACAUUUCUUUCUGUUCAGAUAUUUGAAAUAUAUACAUAUAUAUCAGUUCUUUCUUUUCUGAAGACACCUUUGGCUUUUUUUUUUCCUGAUGUGACUUCUUCAUCUUGGAAUGAUGGGGAUCUUUCUAGCUUAUAUUGGAUUCAUUUUCUUUUCAGUUAUGUAUAUUCAACAAGGACUUUCUACCCAAGCAAAAUUCACAGAGUUUCCCCGAAAUGUCACGGCCACUGAAGGGCAGAAUGUGGAGAUGUCUUGUGCUUUCCAAAGUGGCUCUACUUCGGUGUACCUUGAAAUCCAGUGGUGGUUUCUGCGGGCAGCUGAGGACCAAGAGGCUGGAGCUGAGGUGACAGGCACUCAGGUGGAGUUCCUGCCCGAGCGGGACCUGGACAGCGACGGCACGAAGAUCAGCACAGUGAAAGUACAAGGGAACGACAUCUCCCACAAGCUGCAGAUUUCAAAAGUGAGAAAAAAGGAUGAAGGCUUGUAUGAGUGCCGGGUGACCGAUGCCAACUAUGGAGACCUUCAGGAAUACAAGGCCCAGGCGUUUCUCAAAGUCAAUGCUAACAGCCACUCCCGGCGAAUGCAAGCCUUUGAGGCAUCCCCAAUGUGGUUGCAAGACAUGAAACCUCGUAAAAACAUCUCAGCAGCUGUCCCAAGUAGCAUCCACAAUUCUGCCAAUCAGCGUGUACGUGCCACCUCCAGCCCUGAAGCAGCAGCCAAAAUCCCCAAACAAAGUCCUCAAUCAGGUGCGAGGAUAGCUACAAGCCAUGGACUUUCUGUCCUGCUUCUUGUUUGUGGCUUUGUGAAGGGUGCUUUGCUUUAAUCUAAAAGUGCUGACUUUUUCCAAUAUCACUUUCUCUUCUUAAAGCAAAGAGCAAAUCGCCUGUAAAAUCCACGGAGCGGACAGCAAAGUUGACCCUAACCUCCAACCACCACUCUGCACCCAAUGUACUCUAAAUCUCUACACAAGGAGCACCUUCUUCAGGAAGUACAAACAAAAUUACUAAAUAAAUAAAAUAAAAUAAAUAUUAUAAAAAAGAAGAGGAUACCACAUGUUUUCUUGAUAUAUCUUAUUUUCUUUGGCUUAUCACUGAUAUUUUAUUUGAAGAGAACUGGUGUGAUGUAAUCAAACGUUUUGUAACAGCAAGACCUAGUUUCCUUUUCUUUCGGCAAGGAGAAGCCUCAUCCUUGACUUCUCAGGGGUUGGCCUGUGAGUCCUCAGUUUUACAGAAUUAACCAUGGAUGACAUUUGGUUUCCUACGCUGAAAGAACCGUUCCAGCCUGGAAGCAAAAAGAGGCCAAAUAAUGAAACAAACUGUAGUGAUUGAACAUAAAUAGAAUACACACAAACUUUAUCAAAAAGUCCUUUUUUUCUUUUUCUUUUUUUUUUUUUUGCAUGAGGAAUAGGAAUAUUCUACUAAGCAGCUCAGCAGACUAGGGGAUGUUGUUUCUGAAAAACAUAUGAAGAUAUUUUUCUUUUGAGAUUUUUUUCUUUUUGCUUUCCAAUGUAUUAUUCUUUUCCCCCUUUGAGGUUUUUUUCCUGUCUUUCUGUUUGUUUCUUGUUCAUUAAUGGCAAGUACCAACUUAGGCCAACCCCUGAUGACUAUGUGGAGGUUUAUAUAUAUACAUCCCUUUAUUUGUGUGUGUGCGUUCUAUAUUUCAGUGUGUUUUCUCUAAUUUUGCAACUCCUGUAUAUGCAAAACCAACUUAAAUUCUGUAAAUUGCUUACAGUCUGUGUGAUAUAACUUCAGAGUAGACAUACUUUGGUCCUCAUGCAAGCCAGUUUUUAAUAUUAUCUAUAUGUCGUGCCACCAAGAAACAUCUUUAUUUCCUCUUUUGACAAAACACCACUUUUUAGUUUUUAAUUCAGUAAUGUGUGGAUUUUGUAAUGCAUAUAUUCACUUUGACUGGUUUGACCCCCUUCAGCUCUCUGUUUACUCUGUAAAUGCACAUUAAAAUUUGUUAUGGUCUCUAGACAAUGAAUUAUUUUAGUUUGUACGUUGUGUUGGAGUUCAGAUGCUGAAAGCUCUUUGAACUUGUGAUGUUUAUAGAAGAUGAAGUGAUUCAAUCACUAGAGACUGUAAAAUGCAGGUUUACAGUCAAAUACUGCACAUAAAGGAAGGUUAGAAACAGAAAACAGACAAAUAAACCAGAACAUGUCUUUAAGGAUGUUCCUUUGGUAAAGAGUUUUACGAAAGUGAAUUUCUUACACUGAUAAAAUAUAUUUGCAUCACAGCUCCUUCUACAUGGCCAAAGAAGUGUCUUUCUUUGCUUUUUCUGAAAGAGGAUUGUCAUUACUCAUUGAUAUUCUUAAUUAAAAUACUUUUUGUCUGUGAACUGAA